CCUUUCAGACAAGUCUCUACUUCCUUGCGCAGUACAUGACGUAUUUUAACAUGCGACACCAUGUGCGCCGCUUCCUUCUGUUGGUAGUCAGGUGUUGUUACUUUCCCUCUCCACCCGUAUUCCUACAAAUCCCGCCUCCUGCGCUAGGAUUGGUUGAAUAGUUCGUACUCAAAGGGAUUCAUCCAAUUAGUCACACAGCAUAUGGCGUGAACGUCAAAUCCUAGCGCAGGAGGCGGGAUGUUAUUGUCCGGUCUGCCGUUGGGGAAAAGAACACCGGUCACUGAGUGUCUCAGAUUGAUUACUCAAGGCAUGGAGAUAUUAAUAUAAAUAAUGAGAAUGAGUAUUGAGUAUUGAGGCGUUAUCCUGACCAAAAAAAAUGAUAUGUAUGUUGAAAGAUGGAGUCUAAUGAGCAGCAUGAUCUGGAGCCCAAUAAGGACGACCUGCCUUUGAGAGCUAACACGAAUCACAUCCUGGUCAGACACUAUGUGCUGGACCUCAGCGUUGACUUUCAGACAGAGGUAAUUGGAGGCAGUAUUGUCCUGUUCCUAGAGCCUUGUAGAGGACCCAGUAAGACUGAGGAGUUAGACUUGGUAUCAUCAUCACGCAACAAUGAUCUAAACUCUCCAUAUGUUCAUGAUGGUGAAAAAGCCAGAGACUUUAGAAGUGCUGCACAUGCACCUGAAAUGAUGGUAUCACAGGGAAGCCAAAAUGAUGCAAGUAACACGUCAUGGGAUGAUGUGAGUAAAGACUUCACCUUGAUUUUAGACUGUUGUGACCUGUUGGUGUCCAAGGUGGAAGAAGUGGAUAUAUGUACAGUUUCUGAACUCAGGAAGCUUGACCAGGUGGCUCUGGACUCCACUCAGGAUUCAUCAUUUAGUUUAGUGCAGAGUCUCAUCUCUAUUCCUUCAGCCAGAUGGAGACAGCAGCAGGAUCUGUAUCUCCAGUGCAGCCGUGCCCGUGCUGUCAGUCCAACUGAGCCGUUAUUGUUUCACAUGGACCAGUGGAGUCUUCAAAUCAGGAAGAAGGGGGUUCAAUCAUCUCAUGCGUUCCCUCGCACGCUCAGGAUCUGGUACAAGACAAACCCCGUAGGAGGCUCUGUGAGGUGGACCAAGGACCAGGAUGGCGGGUGCUGUGUUUACACAAUGGGCUCGCCAAUCAAUAACAGGGCUCUCUUUCCCUGCCAAGAACCACCUGUUGCAAUGUCUACAUGGCGAGCCCUUGUAAAAGCUCCAUGUGAAUAUAUGGUUCUGAUGAGUGGUGAGAAUCAGGCUGCUCCUGUAACUGAUGAGACAGGUUUCUUACAAUGGGAUUAUUAUGUUACUAUGCCAAUGCCUACUUCGACUUUUACUAUAGCAGUUGGUAAGUGGCAGGAAGCCAAAUCAUUGCCUCACAACCAUGAAGAGGGGAAAAGUGAGGAGCCUUGUGCAAAAUCAGACCGCAGAAAUUUUGAAUAUCCAGGAAGUUGGCCUGAGAACCAAAGCUGUAAAAACCUAAGCAAACAUUACAAGGAGGAAGAUGAGAAGAAGUUUUGUGCCCAUGUAGAUUACCCGUGUCGUUUCAUGCACAAAGCUUCUAUUGCCCAAGUGGUCAUACCCCACCGGGUUCUUACCCCGUCCUGCCACCUGCAGAAGGCUGAGUCCACACUCCUACCUCUUUUGCCAUUCUGUUUGGCUGCUGCUCACUCUGUACUAGGCAUCCACCCAUUCUCACGCCUGGAUGUGCUCAUUGUUCCUCCAGGGUUCUCCAGUCUGGGCAUGGCCAGCCCGCAUAUCAUCUUCCUGUCCCAGAGUGUGCUAGAGGGUAACAAAAUCCUGUGUGGGACAAGGUUGUGCCAUGAGAUUGCUCACUCCUGGUUUGGUUUAGCCAUCGGAGCGCGGGAUUGGACAGAGGAGUGGAUCAGUGAGGGGUUUGCUACAUACCUAGAAGACGUGUUCUGGGCCAAAAUCCAUCAGUCACAAAUGGGCACCACUGAGAAUGAGCAGCAGAAGCAGCUGAAGGCUCUGCUGCGUUGGAGAAGACUGAAGGAUGAGUUAGAGAACUCAGAAGAGGAGCUGCAGGUCCUUAGGCCCAAUAAGGACACUACAGGAGAGGUCAGUGAGUCUGGAGCCUCCAUCGUGAAGCAUGCCCUUAACCCAGGAAAAGCAUUCAUGCAAGUGCACUACCUCAAAGGUUACUUUCUCCUGAUGUUUCUGGCUGAUAAAGUGGGUGAGGAUGAGUUCUUGAGCUUCUUCAGACUUUUCGUGAGAAGAUUUCAUGGGCAGCUUAUUCUGUCUCAGGACUUCCUCCAGAUGUUUCUGGAUACAUUUCCAGCUUUGAAAAGUCAAGGCCUCACUCUUGAAUCUGUUUACUCAGACUGGCUGGAUACACCAGGAAUUCCGAAGUGGCUUGGAGAAGCCAGCUCGACGUGGUCGCACUCUCCGCCAGUCACACAAGUCACACAGGAGGUUGUAAAAUGGAAGCACCACAGUGGCGGCACUCGAAAGGGCACCAAGCGGAAGAGAGCAAGGCCCAAGGUGAACUUCAAAGAGUUGAAUCCGUGGCAGUUGGUCCUGCUGUUGGAAUACCUGCUAGAAGAGACAGAGCUUAGUGUGUACUGUCUCAGCCUGCUGCAAGCGACAUACAAACUGCGGAACCAGGAUGCUGAGGUGAAACAUCGCUGGUGUGAGCUGGUGGUCAAGCAUAAAUAUACAGCUGCAUAUAGAGAUGUUGAACACUUUCUCAUUCAUGAUCAGGCUAUGGGUGUAUAUCUGUAUGGCGAACUGAUGCUGCAGGAAGACGGCCAACAACAGGCUUUAGCGCGACACUGCCUGUCAGCCAUCAAAGAUGAUAUGGACCAAUCAGCACGCAAGAUUGUGGAGGAAAUGAUCCUCUAAUUCAGGAAAGGAGCAGGACUGAUGCAGACUCUCCUCUUCAAGCCCUGGCCGCCGAGUGUGAAAUCAGCUCAGGGAAAUCGACAGCGGCACACAGGCACCUGACACCACAGCUAAUCACCACCUUUCUUUUCAAGGAGAAAAUAUAUUAAAUAUAUUAAAUAUAUUUAAAUAAAUACACACACAGGACAAUGGAAUUUUUUUUAGGCAUCCAAGUGAUCAUUGUAGAACUCUUACAUUAAUAUUAACAAUGAAAUAUAUAUAUAUAUAUAUAUAUAUA